AUGAAUGUAAAAAAAGAAGAAACUGAAUAUCAGAAUAACGAUAAAAAAGAAAUAGAAACAUCAAAAAAUGAUUCAUUAAAAGAUAAUUCAAGUGAAACAAAGUUGAAAAGUAAAAUUGUUAAAAAAGUAAGCUUUUUAGAUGAAAAGGAAUGCAUAAAAAAAGAGGAAGAUAAUUUUAAAGAAAAUAAACUUAAAAAAAGUAAUGAUAAAAUAAAUAGUAUUAAUGAUAGUACAAAAUAUAAUUUUAAUUAUAAUAAUUUGAAUGACAACUAUAAGAAUAAUAUUAUUAAUGGUAAUUCUGAUAGAAGUAAUAACAUAGAAGAAGAUAUUUUAAAAAAUAAUUAUAAUUGUAUUAAUUUUGAAUAUAAAGAUAAUACAAACGGCAUCAUAUAUGAAAAAAUUGAUAAGCAUGAAUUUAUUUAUAAUGAUAAAAGUAUACCUUCUUCCAAAAUUAGUUUAAAUGAAUAUGAAAUAAAAAAUAUAUUAAAUGAAAAUAAUGAAAAUAAUAAAAAUGAAGAACAACUAGUAAAAAAUGAAAUAAACAACUCUGAUUUUGAAAAAUCUUAUAAUAAUAGUAUAAACAAUUAUUUAUCUUCAUCCUUUGUAGAUAUCCUAAAUACAAUGCAUGAAAGUAAAAAAGAUUUGAAUAAUAAUUAUGGAAAAAAUUAUGUAAAUAAAGAUCAAACAGAUAACUUAGAGAAUAAUUAUGUACAUUUUAUUUCCUGUAUUUUAUGUGGAGAUAGUAUAAAAGCAAACUCUUCAAAAAUGUGUAAUAACUGUUUAUUACAAAAUAUAGAAAGUAAUAGUAUAAAUAUAAAUAAAGAUACUUAUUUAAUUUAUUACUGUCGUGAAUGUCGUAGAUAUUUACAUAAUAGAUGGGUGUACUGCGAAUUAGAAAGUAAAGAAUUAUUAGCAUUAUGUUUAAAAAAGGUUCAUAAAUUAAAAAAGCUUAAAAUUAUAAAUGCCAAAUUUUUAUAUACUGAACCCCAUAGUAAAAGAUUAAAAAUUCAUUUAAGUGUUCAAGAAGAAUUAAUAAAUAAUUUUAUUAGCGAAAUGGAAUUAAUUUUGCAUUAUGUAAUAAAAUAUACACAGUGUGAUGAUUGUAAAAAAAAGUAUACUCCUUAUACUUAUAACACAUGUGUAUCAGUGAGACAGAAGGUGGAUCAUAAAAAAACUUUAUUAUUUUUAGAGAGCUUACUAUUGAAAUAUAAUAUGAAUGAAAAUAUAAUCAAUAUUGUUACUAAUCCUGAUGGCUUAGAUUUCCAUUUUUUAUCAAGAAACGAUGCAUUAAAAUUUUGUGACUUUAUUUUAAGUAAAACUAUAUCAAAAUGUAAAAAUUCAAAACAUUUAAUAAAUCAUGAUGCUAGUAACAAUACAUACAAUUAUUUAUAUACUUUUUCUAUUGAUAUAUGCCCUAUAUGUAAAUAUGAUCUAAUUUUUUUCCCAAAAGAUUUAGCUAUGAAAUAUGGAAUUAAAAGUUUAUUUUAUUUAUGCAUACACGUUUCUAUUUUUAUUAUUCUAAUUAACCCAUUCUGUUUUUUGAAUAAUGUUCAUAUAUCACAAGAAAGAUAUAACAAGUAUCCUUUUACUCCACUUUUAAGUAAAGCAGAUGCAAAAGUCUUUUUAAUACUCAAUGUAGAAUUUAUUAACAAUGAUCAUUAUUCUAAAAAAGGAAAGAAUUAUGUAGCUAUUAAUAAUAAUAAUAAAAGCUUAAAUAUUAUAGAUGACAAUAGCUCCUGUUAUAAUGGAAACAUUAAUAGUAAUCAUAAUAAUAAGAAAAAAAAUAAUUUAAAAAGAAAAAAAAAAAAUAUUAAUAAUUCAGAUGAGAUACAGGAUGAUUUUAGUGCUGAUUAUGAUAUUACUGCUGGCAGCUUUACAGAUAUAAAAAGUUGCAAAUCGUCUUCAAGAAAAGUAAAAUUAGAUAAUCUUGUUUAUGCCUUUGUUGAAUUAUAUGAUGAAUCUAAUGGAAGUACUAUAUUAACAAAAACUUGCAACGCAAAACAUUUAAAACCAGGAGAUUAUGUUAAUGCUUAUGAUUUAAGAAAACAUUCUUUUGAUAAUGAAAUAAGCUUAUUUUUAGAAAAAGAUGAUAACUAUGAUAUAAUUAUUAUUGAUAAAGUAAAAUCAAAAGAAAAAUUAAAGAUUGAAAAUGAAUUAGCCGUCCAAAAUAAAAAUAUAGAAACAUUAAAGAAAGUUAAUGAAGAAGAUAAUAUUAAUAAAAUUAUUUUAAAUAACUGUAAAGACUUAGAAAAUAUAAGUAUUAUGUAA